AUGCCCCAUCAACACAAAACCACACCGAGCACCGAUAUCUACGGCCCCGGGACGUUCAUGGAUACAGACUUUACUCCAGCUCCCCAGGAUGCUGCUCGGAUUUUCGAGUAUAUUACAAAGAACACUCCCAGGUCACUCAAGACAAAGAGCUUUGGGAUGCAGUCAAGUUUUGAGGGUAGCGAGCUACGAUCAUUCCCGGCCCAUUCCCGGCCCUCUUAUUACAGCUGCCCUACAUGCCAUGUGUAG